AUGAAUCGAAAUCAAAUCGGAUUUGAACCAGUUACGUUGAAUUCUCAGCAGACGUCCACGGGUCAAUCAACAUUGUUGCAAUGUUUUCAAAAAAAGAAACUGUUACGGAUCAUGGUUGGCAUUACCAUUGUUGCUUUAAUUGUAACUAUUUCAAUCGUAAUUAUUAAAACAAAAACAGCAAAUAUAAUAAAAGUAUCAACUGUAACAACAGAAACAACAGACGUCACAGAACUAUCAACUAUGAUAAUAACACCAACAACAACAAUACCAACUACUACUACAACAACUAGUACUUCAACAAUAACAACAACUAGUACUUCAACAACAACAACAACUACAACUACAACUACAACUACUACUACAACUAUAACUAUCACUACAACAACAACAACAUCAACUACUACUACAACAACAACAACAACUACAACUACUACAACAACACCAAACAUGAUAAAACUGUCAACUGUGACAACAGAUACAACAACGGACAACCCAACGACAAAAGUACAAACCAUACCAAAAUAUAACAAAUGGAACCAACAUGGAAUUACGAUUGCUGGAGGACAUGGUGGUGGAGAUCAAUUAAAUCAACUCUAUACGCCUUUUGAGAUCGAUAUUGAUGAUAGCAAUGCCAUUUUGAUUGCUGAUACUAUAAAUCAUCGUAUUGUUGAAUGGAAAUAUAAUUCGAGCAGUGGUCAAAUCAUUGCAGGCGGUAUGGGAAGUGGAGAUAGGCACGGUCAAUUAAAUAUGCCACUCAGCGUAAUUGCUGACAAACAGAAGAAUGCAAUAAUUAUAUGUGAACAUGGAAACAAGCGAGUUAUACGAUGGUUUCGCCAAAGUCAAACGAAUCCACAAGUUCUUAUUUCUAAUAUUUACUGUAGCGGGAUGACAAUCGAUAGAGAUGGAUCUAUUUAUGUUUCUGAUUCGACAAAGGCUGAAGUAAGACGAUGGAAAGAAGGAGACACAGAUGGAACAUUAGUUGCAGGUGGAAAUGGACCGGGAUAUCUUCUAAAUCAAUUCAGGAACCCUUGUGAUAUCUUUGUUGAUGAAGAUUAUUCUGUUUAUGUAGCGGAUAUUGACAAUCAACGUAUAAUGAAAUGGACAAAAGAUGCAAAAGAAGGAAUUCUUGUUGUUCGUGCACAUGGAGAAGGAAAUGGUCUCAACCAAUUAGCUAACCCUUAUGGAAUAAUUGUUGAUAAUUUGGGUCAAAUCAUUAUUUCGGACUAUAAGAACCACCGAGUGAUGUUUUGGCGUGAAGGAGAUACAGAAGGUGAAAUUGUUGCUGGUGGAAAUGGUGAAGGAAAUGAGCCAAAUCAAUUAAAUUCUCCGAGAGGUGUGUCAUUGGACGUUGAAGGAAAUCUUUAUGUUGUUGAUUCUCGUAAUCAUCGAAUUCAAAAAUAUGAACUAUGUACGAAAUAA